CUCCUUCCUCUGAUGAGCGUAGUGCCAUUUCUGCUAAGCCAAUACCAAUACUGACAGGCAGUAAGAAACAAGACGUUGAUAUAUUGUGCUGAAAGAGCUUGGUGGGAUUUAGAAAAUGAUACGAAUCUUAAAGAUUAAGCCCCUAAUAUCUUUGCUUGAGUCUUCUUCUAGCCACCACUUCCUUCAGAGGUGCUCUGUGAGUGGGACUUCAAAGGGCAAGGCGAAGGUGAAAACUGCAGCCCCGCUGAAGCGCUCAAAGAUAACUACGAAAAAGGGUUCUGCAGAUGCUGCUCCUAAAGGUGCAGGAGGGAAAAGAUAUGCUGAAAGAGAAAAGUUUUAUGAGCAAUGCUUAAGUGCACCUACACCUGUCAGGUACCUGACGGAGAAGGAGAGACAACGUGAAGCCGAGCGAGCGAAGUUGGGACUUAUUAGCAAAGAUCGACAGCGAGAAAUUGAUAUGAAGAAAAAGAAUAAGCCAGAAUUUCAGAUCUCGGAAAAACCAACAGUUAUUGGACCUCCUGGUUUGGAUUUGAUAUCACUAGGUUUGGUUGAUGAGGAGAAGUUACCAAAAUAUGAAUUGACUGCUGAAGAUGGCCAGCGGCUUGCUAAGGAGUAUAGCAGGGUGUUGAUGAGGCGUCACCGGGCAAGGCAAGCAGCAGAGUCAACACUUUUGCGUUUGAAGAAGGAGGCUAUUGAGGCAUUGCCUGAACAUUUGAAAGCAGCAGCAUUGGUGCCAGACAUGACACCAUUCCCUACAGAUCGGUUCAUGGCAACUCUGACUCCUCCAAUUGAAGGCUACAUUGAGAAGGUUAAGGAAGCUGCACGGAGGAGCAGUGAGAAGGGGAAGCUCAGAUAACCAGAGGUAGAGUUAUGCUUGCAUGUUAGGACUUAUUUGGUUGUUGGAACCUAUCUAUUACUGAAGUUGAAACUUGACUUCAGGAAGUCGCACAUUCACGCCAAAGUGAUGAAAAGAGUUGCUGAAUUAGAUCUAGUCCUUGUGUUUUAGUUAAUAAUAUGCCUGCAUGCUUUUGAUAAUUCCAUGUGGGCUAAAAUUUGUGUGACCAAAUCUGUUGAAUUUACGUGUUUGCAAGGUUUUAGAGUAACUUUGGUUUCCUUAUCAAAUUUGAAUUCUAUAUGAUGUUCUUUGAAGCCUUACUAAUUGAACUUGAUGUGAACGUUUAAAUCUUAUUGUAUGUUGAUGAUUGUUAACAGGGAUUUGCAAUAGUAGUGAUACAAAUUGUAAACAUUU